AUGCUAAUAAGUAUUUUAAGAAGUGUGAUGUUUCUAUUAAGCAAUAAUACCUUUGUGGUUGAUAGAGAAAGAUGUGAAGAUAUUAUAAAAAGUGAAGAGAUAACUACUUUAAUAGAAGAAUUCAACUCGUUAUUUAGAAACUUUCAAAUUGGUUUUUUAAAAGAAGUUUUAGAAAUCAUAAUAAAAAUUAAUACCACUUUUUUUAAUGAGAAAAAUGCCUUAAAAGACUGUCUUGAUAAAUUAAAUGUGAUUAAGUUGAACGACGAAAAUUAUAAAAAAAAUAUGGUUGAUUUUUUUAACGAAAUAUUUAGAGUAGUAAAUAAUGACAAUAAUUUCAAUUGUAGUGAAUUAUUGGGAAAAGAAGACAUUGAAUUUUUUAAAUCUGUUGAUUUUUACUCCUUUAAAUUAGCUACAAUAAUAUUUUCUACUUGUAAAUAUGUAAAUUUUAAAAUUUUAACAGGUAAUGAGAAGAGAAAAUGUAUUAGAAAAUUAGGCAAAAAAGUUUUUUAUUUGUAUGAAGCAGUAAUUAAACGAUUAAAUUUCGUAGAUGUCGAUUGUGAAUAUCAAAAUUACGAGAAAAUUAAAGAAGAAUUUAAAGAUUUUUUAUUAUUAAAAACCGAUUUAAACUUUAAAAUUUAUAACACUCUUUGGGUAUUUUCAUUAAGAUCAUCUAGUAUUGACAUGAUUUUAAUAAUGAAAUUAAAAGACACGAUGUAUUAUUAUGAUGAAAAAAUAAAUCAAAUUGAUAUAAUUAAUGCUAAAAUAAAUAAAAAAGAACUAUCUAGUUAUGACAAAGAUUUCGAUGCAAUAUUAAGCAAUUUUAAUAUUGAUUUAAAGAAGUUUAUGAAACAUGGAGAAGAAUUACAAAUUUUACUUAAUGAAAUUGUUUAUCUUUUAGAAUUAUUUAAGAUAUAUUUAUUGGUUUUUAAUCAGAAAGAGUUUAAAUUAAAAGAUGCAAAAGAUUUUACUAAAUAUUUAAUUUUACAGAUUAAAAACAAAAUAUCGUUUCAUAAGCUUUAUGAUUUUUAUGAAAGUGAUAAAGUUUUAAAAAUGCUUUACGAGGUUGAAAAAAAAUUAGUGAAAAUUUUCAAUAAUCUUGUAUCUAAUGACUCUGUGAAUAAUUAA